CCCACUCCCUCCAGCCUCUGAAGGGUUAAAAAACAAAACCCACCCAGAUUUGGGUCAGGGGCUCAGCCAAUCGCCUCCAUCCCUGGCUGCGGCUCGCCCAGCCAGCCAAUAGCGUAGGGCUUGUGUCUGUGCGCUGGGUUUUUGCGGUGGGGGGGCAUCUUCGCUUACACCUGUCCGGACGGGAUCGGGGCGCUGCCCCUCUUCGGGAAAGGGAUCGGCUGGAAAGGGAUCGGCGCUGCACCUGCUCGGGGGCAGGGGGGAGCGAUCGGGCUGGAAGGGGGAGCCCCCCCCCUGCACCCAGGAUCCAGCAAGAACCUGGGGCUCCCCUGCCCCCCUCCCUCGAAGCAGCACCGUCUCUGAGCCGGACCCCGGACGCCCCCGCGCCGUCAUGUCGACCAUCAAUCCAGAAUAUGACUACUUGUUCAAACUCCUCCUGAUCGGGGACUCCGGGGUCGGCAAAUCCUGCCUCCUGCUGCGCUUCGCAGAUGACAAUUACACAGACAGCUACAUCAGUACCAUCGGGGUGGACUUCAAGAUCCGGACCAUCGAGCUGGAGGGGAAAACUAUCAAACUUCAGAUAUGGGACACGGCCGGCCAGGAGCGCUUCCGGACGAUCACGUCCAGUUACUACAGAGGUGCGCACGGUAUCAUCAUUGUGUAUGAUGUAACGGACCAGGACUCGUUCAGCAACAUGCACCUGUGGCUGGAGGAGAUCGGCCGCUACGCCAGCGAAAACGUCAACAAGCUGAUUGUGGGCAACAAGAACGACCUGACGUGCAAGAAGGUGGUGGAUUACACCACGGCCAAGGAAUACGCGGACGCGCUGGAGGUGCCGUUCCUGGAGACCAGCGCCAAGACCGCCACCAACGUGGAGCAGGCCUUCGUCACCAUGGCGGCCGAGAUCAAGAACCGGGUGGGCAGCGGCCUCCCCCACAGCGACAGCCACCAGCCCAACCCCCACAUCCAGAGCGCCCCCCUGCGGCAGGGCCGGGCCGGCGCGGGGGAGGGCAGCGACGGAGGUCCGGGCUGCUGCUAGGGAGGGGGUUUUCCCCACCCACUUACCCCUUGGUGGGGAGCUUCUCGGUGUCUGGGACUACGGCUGGGGGUCAGGACGGCUGGGCAGGGGGACCCUUUGCAGCACCCUAUUUAUUUGCAAUAGAUUUUUACAGGCUGCGAUCCAGCUCCCCCCCAUCCCUCUCCAACCGCGUGGGCGCACCGUCCCCCUUGGCUAGCCAAGAGACACUACUGAUCUGGGCUCCUGGCGGGCUGAGGUACUCCAAGCUCCAUCCUCUCCUCCCUUGUCAUUCCCGAUCCCCGCUGCAUGGCCAUACAGCCAGCCCUGCUCUGCACCCUUCAGGCUUCUGGAAGGGCACCAGCUGAAUGCCGGAGGACGCACGAUGCCUCCCUGCAUGGGGGUGGAAGGCGCCGUAGCCACAGACCGAGCAGCGAGGAACUGUGCGUGACACCCAGGACACAAGCAGAACGCGCCAUAGCCUGCGUCCCCUCUUAACACAGCCUCGUGGGCGUCUGGCGCCAAGUUAGCGUCUGUUUCGUGUCCAAAUGCUUGAAUUUCUCCCCCCUCGGCUCAAGACUGAAGAGUGGCUUGAACAUUCAAAGCUGGGGCAGAAAGGCGACUCGGGCCGGGUCUCGAAGGCCCUGCAGCCGGAGGCGAUUUCUGACAGCAGGGGCCUUGUUAAUCCAGAGUGAGAUCCCGUGGCUGGGCGGGGUCCGCUGGAAAACGGGGUGCAGGUUUUUAACACCAUGGGCGGUGAGCCAGCGGAGGAGCUCUCUCAGCGCCGGGCUGGAGUCUUCAUCACUCUGGCGUCUGAGAGCCGAGCGAGCUCCCCCACCAGCUAGGGGCUGAAUGCUGGAAUUCUGGUGUGUGAGGCGCCAGCCUGGCUUACGGGGAGGUUUUUGACUAGAAAGAUUUGAAGGAGGGUCAAAUUUCAAUCCUGCCUCCCUGGCAGAAUCCCCGCCCCCCGGGAUUGAAACCCCCCCUUGCUCACAACUGAUGUUUUUAAAAGCUGCCUCCAGCCCACGGCGGGGAGAGUUUGACAAAAUCCCUCCCCGCUGAGCGGGGCCGCGGAGGGAUGAGGACCUGGCUGCGUUAAUUGGCUCCAGCAUGUUCCAAGCGGGACGCUGCCUGUCCUGAGGGGUGGGGGAUUUAAAGGGAUGUGUGUUUGAUGGGGGCAGGAGGUUAUGGGGUGGUGGUAGAAAUGGCAGCUGAGUUAAUGGACUUGCUGGAAAAUUGGCCCUUGGUAUUUAUCCUAUUGCCUUUGAAAUACAGUUAACUCUCUAAACUGCA